AUGGGGAAUGCGGCUGCAGGGGGCUUGGAGCAGGAACCGGCUGAGGUCCGAGAGGCCAGGAACUCGGUCGGAGGAGCUUCAGGAAUGAGUGACCCCACUCCAACCUUGCAGAAGAAGCAGCCGGCUCCCCCCAAGCUGCCCAUGCCCCCAGAGGAGGAGCUGGAGGAGCGCUUCAAUGUGGUGCUGAGCUACAUGAACUUGCCUCCAGACAAACUGAAGCUGUUGAGUCAGUAUGACAAUGAAAAGAAGUGGGAGUUAGUCUGUGAUCAGGAGCGUUUCCAGGUCAAGAGCCCCCCGUCCACUUACCUGGCUAAGAUUAAGAGCUUCUACCAGGAUCAGGGAGGGGUGACUCGCAGGCUGAAGAAAAGGAUCCAGGAUGCCACCCAGGUCCUUAAAGAUUUGGAGAUAUCUCUUCGCACCAAUCACAUUGGAUGGGCUCAAGAGUUUCUCAACGAGCAGAACAAAGGUUUGGAUGUUCUGGUGGAAUACCUGUCUCAUGCACAAAGUGACGCCUCGUUUGAUGUGGAGAGUGUUGAAAAUGGUGGCACCCUGUCAGACAGAGGAAAACCAGCAGAGAGGUCAAUGGAAGACUUGACCAAAAGCUCCAGUGGCUCUCACGCGCACGGGAUGACCAGAGCUGCUCGGGCACUGACUGUAAGAAUAAGCUCCACUCUGGGGAACAAGAUGCAUAAGAAGUCCCACUCAUCCAACCAGAGAGAUGAUGUACAUGUGUGCAUAAUGUGUCUGCGAGCCAUCAUGAACUACCAGUCUGGUUUUAACCUGGUGAUGACUCACCCGCGCUGUGUGAACGAGAUCACCCUCAGUCUCAACAGCAGGAAUCCCAGGACCAAAGCCCUUGUGCUGGAGUUGCUGGCUGCAGUGUGUCUUGUCAGAGGAGGACAUGACAUCAUUCUGUCUGCUUUUGACAACUUCAAAGAGGUGAGCCGAGAAAAGAACCGCUUUGAGAAGCUGAUGGAGUACUUCAUCAAUGAUGACAGCAACAUUGACUUCAUGGUGGCCUGCAUGCAGUUCAUAAACAUUGUGGUCCAUUCAGUGGAGAACAUGAACUUUCGUGUUCAUCUACAGUUCGAGUUCACUCACCUCGGGUUAGACAAGUAUCUUGGGACUCUGAAGGAAACAGAGAGCGAGAAGCUGCAGGUCCAGAUCCAGGCCUACCUGGACAAUGUGUUAGAUGUAGGAGCCCUGCUGGAGGAUGCUGAGAAUAGAGGAGGGGUGAUGGAGCAUGUUGAUGAACUGCAGCACCAUAACGUACAGCUGAACACCCGGCUUCAGGAAAUUGAGAAUCAUUCUGCAGAGAGAAUAUCUGAACUUGAGACUCAGCUCAUGCAGGCUACCAAGGAGACUGAGCUGCUUAAAGAAAGCCUGCGAGAGUCCUGUUCCCAGGUUAGUGCCUUGCAGCAGAGAGAACGGGAGCGCGAGCUGGAUAGGGAGAGGGAGAAGGACAGGGAGCGUCUGAGUGCCUCCACCCCUCAGACGUCUUCAGAGCUGGAGCAGAAAAUCCAGGAGCUGCAGGACAAGGGACUGAUCAGACUUGGACGCAGCGCCUCCGGAGGCCUGGACAUCCAGGUUGUGCCUGUCACGGUGGUCGAAUAUGUCCAAGCUCCAGCCUCUGACACCCAGCCUAGCGCUCAAAUCUCUGUCACUGCCUCUGCUUCCCCACCGUCCAGCCUUCCUGCCUCUGUCCCUCCACCUCCUCCUCCACCUGCUUCAGGUGGUCCAGAGAUGGUUGCCUCCCCCCCUCCGCCUCCACCUCCACCUCCACCUCCUGCUGGAGGCUGUGGGGCUGUGUCUCCACCUCCUCCUCCUCCUCCUCCUCCUCCUCCUCCUGCACCUGGAGGAGGUCCACCACCUCCUCCUCCCCUACCUGGUGCUGGACCCCCACCACCUCCUCCCCCACCUGGUGCUGGACCCCCACCACCUCCUCCCCCACCUGGUGCUGGACCACCACCUCCUCCUCCCCCACCUGGUGCUGGACCCCCACUUCCACCUCCCCCACCUGGUGGUGGACCUCCACCCCCUCCUGGAGCACCAAACCCUCAAUCUGGGGUUAGGACCAAGAAGCCCAUUCAGACAAAGUUCAGGAUGCCGCUGUUGAACUGGCAGGCCUUAAAACCAAACCAGGUGACAGGCACUGUCUUCAGUGAACUGGAUGAUGAGCAGAUUUUAGGGGAGUUGAACAUGGAUAUCUUUGAGGAACAGUUCAAGACGAGGGCCCAGACUAAUCCAACAGACCUGUCCAAUAUCAAGAAAAAGGUGGUCCAGAAAGCCCCCAGCAAGACAUCAUUGAUCGACGCCAACAGGGCCAAAAAUCUGGCCAUCACUUUACGCAAGGGGGGAAUGAAUCCAUCUGUUAUCUGCACCGCCAUAGAGACGUAUGACCAGCAGUCUUUGUCCAUCGACUUACUGGAAUUACUCGAGCCCUUCAUACCAACAGAUUUCGAGAUGAAGCUGCUGCUUAACUAUGAGAAGGAUGGCCGCCCGCUGGAGGAGCUGACCGACGAGGACCGAUUUAUUUUACGCUUUGGGAAGAUUCUGCGUCUGAAGCAGCGCAUAAGCACUCUAACUUUCAUGGGCAACUUCCCAGAUAGUGUCAAACGCCUGCAGCCGCAACUCAACUCCAUCAUUGCUGCAUCCAUGUCCAUCAAGUCUUCAGCCAAACUGAAAAAGAUCUUAGAAAUUGUUCUUGCUUUUGGCAACUAUAUGAAUAGCAGCAAGAGGGGUGCAGCGUACGGUUUUCGGCUGCAGAGUCUGGACCUUCUGUUGGAGACCAAGUCAACUGACCGCUCGCAGACGCUGCUUCACUUCAUCACCAGUAUCAUCCAAGAAAAAUACCCCGACUUGGCCAACUUCUACACCGAGCUUCACUUUGUAGACAAAGCAGCCCUUGUAUCUCUGGAUGGCAUUCUUCAAGAUAUCCGCUCAUUAGAACGGGGAAUGGAAAUGACCAAAAAGGAAUUCCUGGUGCAGGAUGACAGCCCUGUGCUGAAGGAAUUCAUCAAAACCAACAGUGAGCAGCUGGAAACUUUGAUCAAAGACAGCAAGACAGCACAGGAGGCAUAUGGUUCUGUGGUGGAGUAUUUUGGAGAGAACCCCAAAACCACACAGCCUUCCAUGUUUUUCCCAUUGUUUGGACGUUUGAUAAAGGCCUAUAAGACAGCACAGCAAGAUAUUGAGCAGAAAAAAAAAAUGGAGAGUGAGAGCAGUGAGGAAAAAGUGUCAUCAUCACCAAACAAGCCCAAAGUACAAAAGGGGCCAAUGAUGCCUAAGAUGCCCCAGAUGGACUUGAUAGCAGAGCUGAAGAAAAGGCAGGUGAAACCGCAGGUACGCGAGGGGAAGGACGGCGCGCUGGAGGACAUCAUCACAGAUUUGAGGAACACACCAUUCAGGCGGACAGAUGGUCGACGGCCAGCCCAGCGUCAGGACACUUGAGCCACAUCUGGUCCAUGAGAUUUUACAAAUGUAACUGGAAUCACACCCAUGUAUACAGACAGAAAAACACAUUUAAAAUGCUCUGUAUAUACAAUAUACCAAUAAAUUAGCCAUAUGACAGUGUGUAUUUUUGCCACCAUUUUAGUGUGAAUUUGUUGUGUAAAUAGAAUUUGAAGUUUGAACUAUUUGAUAUUUUUAACAGUCCAUGAAUUUGAUUACAUAUCUUGCUAAAAAAUGUUCCUUCAGUGCCUCACAGCUUUGUAUCCUCUAAACUUGUAAUGUUGUCACCUAUGGAGUAAUAAAACAAAUUAUGACUUUAUUUUGAAA